UUUCGUUUUAAAUAUCCAUAGACUAGAAAUUUUCCUAAGAUGAACGUUUCCAACCUAACCGGAAAAGGUGUUAAAACUGAAGAUACUUUUAUUUUUUUUAUCUUUAAAUUGAUCAUUUUGUGCUAAAUUAUUUGAUUCAAUAAAAUACUUAUUUUAUUUUUUUUAUAUUUAACACUAAAUUUUAAGAAAGAUUUAUAAUUUUAGUUAAUUAGUCCGUAAUCUGGCCAAGUGAACAUUUUCUAUCUCCAUCUAUUUUCAGAUUUAGGUACUUUUCUACGAGUGUAGCGUUUUCGCAGCAAACCAGUGAUGAUAAUCUUUUAGUUUUAAUUUUGUAAAUUGAUCGUUUCCCAUUGCGGAAAAUCUCGUGGAAACAUUUAAUUAUUCCUGUAAAAGUGUUACGUCUUCAAAUUAUCAUAUGCGUAGCGUUAAAAUGCGUUCUGUUAUAGUGUCGAAACGGAUGGUGAGCGAUGGCGAGAAUACGGUGAUAGAUUUUUGAUGUUGGAUUUGAUCCGUGUCAUCGUUACCUCAGAUUUCGAUUACAUCUUACAAAACCGUAACUCGUUUGUUAUCGACGUCUUAAGUGUUAUUAUUUAACAAAUCUUCAAUUAUCUCGGACGAUUAUUGUUGAAGAAAUAUAUAUUGUCAUUGACUGACCGGCUGAUAUUACACGAGGCUUGUAUGUAUAUGUGACUUCUACCUUCUGCUAUUCGUGACACGCCUCAGAAAAUAAAGUUAGAUUUGUGAAUCAAAUUAUUUCUUUUUGUUAUUGUGUCAUUUUAGUGUUAUAGACGUUUAUAAAUUACGUAACUAUUGUGGAAUCUUGUGUGUAUAAAGAAUGGCCUGAGUGUGGUCACUCCAUUACCGUCAUGUAUGACGAUGGAAUGUUUGUUUAGGCUCUAAUAUUGUGCUGCGACCUUACGGGAAGUGCGCGUUCGUCUCGUAUAUUGGACUGGAUCAUGACUGUGUUCGAAUCAAAACAAGUAAAUUAAUCACUGUCGGCGUAAAGUCAUUUGGGACACUUAGCGUUUUAUACACACACAAAAUGUCUUCGGGAACGUUUGUGGACAGGAUUGACCCUUUCGCCAAGCGGUCAUUGAAGAAAAAGACGAAGAAAUCCCAAGGAUCUUCACGUUAUCGUAACACGCAGGAUGUAGAGUUGCAGGCUCUGCCACUGCUCAAAGAUGUUGCAAGCAGCGAACAAGAAGAGCUGUUCAUUCGUAAGCUGCGGCAGUGCUGUGUAGCUUUUGACUUCAUGGACCCUAUUGCUGACCUUAAAGGCAAAGAGAUCAAACGUGCCACUUUAAGCGAGCUCGUAGAGUACAUCACUGGUGGGCGUGGGGUGCUCACUGAACCGGUGUACCCAGAGAUAAUUAAAAUGAUAUCGGCCAACCUAUUUCGCACUUUGCCGCCGAGUGAUAAUCCCGAUUUCGAUCCCGAGGAAGACGACCCGACUCUGGAGGCCUCCUGGCCUCAUCUGCAGCUGGUCUACGAAUUCUUUUUGCGCUUCCUGGAGUCCACUGAUUUUCAGCCCACUAUUGGCAAGAAGGUCAUUGACCAAAAAUUCGUUUUGCAGCUUUUAGACCUGUUUGAUUCGGAAGAUCCGCGCGAGCGCGAUUUUUUGAAGACUGUGCUUCAUCGCAUCUAUGGAAAGUUCUUGGGGCUGCGUGCUUUUAUACGCAAACAAAUCAAUAACAUAUUCCUACGAUUUGUCUAUGAAACUGAACAUUUCAAUGGCGUGGGGGAACUGUUGGAAAUAUUGGGAAGUAUAAUAAACGGAUUCGCUCUGCCGCUGAAGAGCGAGCACAAGCAGUUCCUGGUGAAGGUUUUGUUGCCACUGCACAAGGUGAAGUGCCUGUCGUUGUAUCACGCGCAGCUCGCGUACUGCGUCGUGCAAUUCCUAGAGAAGGACGCCACCCUCACUGAGCCCGUUGUGCGCGGACUACUCAAGUUCUGGCCCAAGACUUGCUCACAGAAGGAGGUGAUGUUUUUGGGCGAGAUAGAAGAGAUUUUGGAUGUAAUUGAGCCGGCUCAAUUUGCGAAAAUCCAAGAGCCUUUAUUCAGGCAAAUAGCUAAAUGUGUUUCCAGUCCACAUUUUCAGGUGGCAGAGAGAGCACUGUAUUUUUGGAACAACGAAUAUAUAUUGUCUUUGAUGGAGGAGAACAACCACGUGAUCAUGCCGAUCAUGUUCCCGGCGCUGUACCGCAUCAGCAAGGAGCACUGGAACCAGACCAUCAUCGCGCUCGUCUACAACGUGCUCAAGACAUUCAUGGAGAUGAACUCGAAACUCUUCGACGAGCUCACCGCUAGCUACAAAGCCGAUCGACAGAAAGAGAAGAAGCGUGAGAAGGAGCGCGACGAGCUGUGGAAGCGGCUGGGCGAGCUGGAGAUCAGCCACAAGCGGCAGGCGGCGGGCAAGUGACUGCCCCGGCCCGCCCCCGCGCCCGCCGCCGCCGCCGCCGCCGCCGCCCCCGCGCCCGCCGCCGCCGCCCCCGCGCACGCCCCCGCGCCCGCGACUCGCGCCCGCCCCGCGCCCCCCGCGCCCGCGCCUCACAUUUUACUUUCAGUUAUGUAUUGAUGUUUUCUAUUCGAUUACACUUUUGUUAACGACGUUAUUAAUUUUUUCCACCUCCGAGGAUCCGUUCGUGCGGGAGUCCGGCUCCCGGUCUCCUUUAGGAUUGUCCGAUGCGGUCGAGCGAUCGCCGGCGGUGGCCGCGUCGGUCGGGCGCCCGGCUCGUGGCCGAAUAUUAUUGUACAAAAGAUUAAUAGGGAAUUUGAAUAUGUAACUCGUUUAGUGGCGGCCCCGGGCGGACGGCGCAUCCGCCGCGGGGCCCCUCGUAGAUCGUCGUAUGAAUUUACGUUUAAAAUUAGUCGCUCGAUUAAACGAUGUAUUUCGUCGUCCUAUCAUUUUGUAUAGUUACAUAGUGUAAAUAGGCAUUUAUUUAUUAUAAAUUUAUAGCAGUGUGAUUUUUAUACAUAGCGGCGGGAGUGGGACACUAUUGGGCAUGAUCGGUCGGAGCGAACCGAGAGAUAAUCGCGCGUCACGCGUACGGCUCGGCGGACUAAAGCGUCAACUUGAUCGUAUCGGAGUAGAACAAUGCUAAAGUAGAUAUGAUAAUUUGUAAGGGAAUAGUCAUUAAUUUGUAUGAUAUUACUGUAGCCAUUAAUUUUUCUAUCAUCACUUGUAGAGCGGCCGGCCUGCGCUGGCCGCCCAGCGCUGCUGCGCAUGUAUGUAUGUACACUAUGGAGAUGUUUGUUAUGUAAAAUGUAUUAACAUUGCAAAAAUUAUAUAUGAUCUUAUAUAAAAUUACUAUUAUAGAACACAGUAUGAAAAUAAAAAAGUUGACUCACAUGAAUUGAAUUCUUUAAGUACUAAUUGUAAGCGUAGGCGUCCCGCGGCGGCUUGUGGCAAGCGCCGGCCUCGCUCGCCCGUCGUUGUACCACCUACUGUCCUGAGCUAACGUUCCCCUUGUCUGCAAUCAGUUGCGCAACUGCAUUGGAAAUACACAAGAGAUUUUCACAUUACUCCGUUUUUCAUUUCACUAACAGAGGCCCGAUUAUCAAUAUUCAUCUGACGAUCGGUCUAAACAAACCUAUCGAACACGCCUGU